AUGUGGACCGGAGGAAGAUCUCCCACCAAGGCAUGCGGCCCAGUCGAGCACCUGGUCGGACUCCUCGACCACUGCAGGUCCAUGGGAGAGCUGAGGCAGAUUCUUGCCCGCAUUGCCGUCGUGGGUCUUCUCCGGGACAGCUUCCUCGUCUCGAAGGUCCUCUUGUUCUCCGCCGUGUCGGACGCCGGCGACGUCAACUACUCGUACCGGGUCUUCCGCUGCCUCCCCAGCCCGAGCACCUUCGUCUGGAACACCCUCAUCAGGGGAUUCUCGAGGGGCUCCAACCCUAACCGCGCCAUGUCCCUUUACGUGGAGAUGCUGCGGGAGGGGGCGCGCCCGGACAACCUGACCUUCCCCUUCCUGGCGAGGGCCUGCGCGCGGCUCUCGUCUCUCCUCCUUGGCUCCGCCGUGCACGGCCACACCGCCAAGGGCGGCCUCGGCGCCGACGGCUACGUUCAGAACUCGCUGCUGCACAUGUACUCCGCUUGCGGCGACAUCGGCGCCGCCCGGAGGGUGUUCGAGGAAAUACCGGCGCCGAACAUGGUCUCAUGGAACUCCAUGUUGGACGGUUACGCCAAGUGCGGCGACAUGGUGGCCGCACGCGCCGUGUUCGACCGGAUGCCGCGCCGCGACGUUGUGUCUUGGAGCGCGCUGAUCGACGGGUACGUGAAGGCAGGGGAGUACCGGGAGGCGCUGACAUUGUUCGGCGCCAUGCGAGGCGACGGGGCCGGGCCGAACACGGUGACGAUGGUGAGCGUUCUCUGCGCCUGCGCCCACCUGGGGGCCCUUGACCUCGGCAGGAGGAUGCACGGCUUCGUGGAGGCCGAGAACCUGCCGCUGAGCCUGCCUCUGGCCACUUCCCUGGUGGACAUGUACGCAAAGUGCGGAGCAAUGGAGGAAGCGCUGGCCGUCUUCCGCGCCGUCCCGGCGAACAAAACCGACGUUCUCAUCUGGAACGCGAUGAUCGGAGGUCUGGCACUGCAUGGCUUGAGCAGGCAGUCGCUGGAGCUGUUCGGGGAGAUGCAGGCGGUGGGCGUGAAGCCGGAUGAGAUCACUUACCUGGGCUUGCUGAGCGCCUGCGCCCAUGGCGGGUUGGUGGAGAAGGCUGGGAGUUUCUUCAGAUCCCUGCGUGCCCCUCAGAUCGAGCACUACGCCUGCAUGGUCGACGUCCUCGGGCGGUCCGGCCGCGUCGAGGAGGCGCUAAGCUUCGUGGAGGCCAUGCCGAUGGAGCCGAGCGCCUCCGUGCUCGGCGCCUUGCUCAGCGGCUGCCAAACCCACGGGUGGGUGGAGCUUGGGGAGGCCGUGGGGAAGAAACUCAUUGAGCUGGAGCCCGAGCACGAUGGGAGAUACGUCGGCUUGUCCAAUGUCUACGCCGUCGGCAGGCGGUGGGACGAAGCCAGAAGCAUGAGACGCGCCAUGGAGAAGAGAGGCGUUAGGAAGGCACCAGGCUUCAGCUCGGUCGAGGUCGACGGGACAGUCCACGGAUUCACCGCCCAUGAUCGGGGACACCCUUCUUCAGCGGAAAUCCAUAUGCUUCUGUGUUCCAUGGCUAAGCAAAUGAAAGCAGAGAUCGAUCAUCCACAGCUUGACGACGAAGACGACGAGAAGUCGAGUGGGUGA